CGGAAGCAGACAACCCUAAUACAAUGUGGCAGAAAGCAGGGUGGACCGGUUGGAGGCAUCCUGCUCCUCCCUCACCAUCACCAUAGUAGACUGUAACGUAUCUUACUCAUGACUCAGACAGUCAGCGUGAGAAAGGCUACUUGCCCUAAGCUGUCUGUUACGCUUUUCUAUCGAAAUUCAAGCGAAAAUGACGAGCUCAUUUAAAGUUGGCGAGCAGUCGUCAUGAAGCGUUCAAAGGAAGAGUUAAGGAAAAAAUGCGAAGACCGAUGGGAUGGCACCUUAUUUGUUAUUAGCAGCUCACCGUUAGGUCGUCAGUGGCUUUAGGUGAGGCGGAGAGCUCGUCCUGUCACCAGGCUGACUGUUGGACUACAAAGACCGAGCGCCCUGCGUCGACUUCGGAAAAGCCGAGCAGCGAGAGCGCAUCAGAGGACGCCAGGCAGAGUGGAUGUUUGUUUUAAGCAGCACAUGGCCUGUAUUCUGCUGACAGGCAUGGAUCCACCUUCCUCAUGUCCCACAGCACACCACAAUGGCCUCCUCACUGACCUUGACUCAGCUGGACAACCUGACCCACCCAAGCAGCAUGUGGAUGCCACCUGCCUCACUGUCCGCCUUUACUACCUGGGGAAGGACGGAGGAGGCUCUGGGCCCAACGGCUCAGAAAAUGUCCUCACGUUUCCACCAGGGGAGUACGUAGCAGAGGAACUGUGCAUCAGUGCAGCGAAAGCAUGCGGGAUUGCUCCAGUGUACUAUAGCUUGUUUGGCCUGAUGAGGGACAGUGACAGAAUAUGGGUCCCUCCUAAUCACAUCUUUAAGCUGCAAGAGGCAGCCACUGAGAAACUGCACUUCAGAAUCAGAUACUAUUUUCCUGGCUGGUAUAACAAUAGCAGUUCAAUCCAUGCCCAUCGCUACAGCGUGUCCAAGGAGACGGAGAGCCCCGUGAUGGAUGACUGUGUCAUGGCAUACCAGUUUUUUCAGUGGCGUAGUGACUUUCUUGAUGGUUGGGUGCAAAUCCAAGUGAGCCAUGAGUCCCAGGAAGAGUGUCUGGGUAUGGCAGUGCUGGACAUGAUGAGGCUUGCAAAAGAAAGUGGUCAGUCACCUGUGGACAUCUAUAAUUAUACCAGCUACAAGUCCUUCCUGCCAAGAUGCAUGCGAAGCCACAUCCAGGAAUAUAACAUCUUGACUCGGAAAAGAAUACGCUAUCGCUUCAGGAGGUUCAUCCAGCAGUUCAGCGAAUGUAAGGCCACAGUGUGUAACCUCAGGCUCAAAUACCUGAUGAGCCUGGAGAUGCUGCUGCCCUCCAUCUACUCUGAGCGCUUCCAAGUAACCAACCUCUCUGCGCGUGAGGUUACCAUUGUCGUCAUGGGUAACAAGGGAAUCCAGUGGUCAAAAGGGAAAGAGGAAGAGGGAUCAGAGGAGGAGCUACAGACAUACUGUGACUUCCCAGAGGUGAUUGACAUCAGCAUCAAACAGGCCAAUAAGGAAGGCUCUGUGGAGAGUCGCAUAGUUACCCUCACAAGACAGAACAACCAGAUCCUGGAACUGGAGUUUCAUUCGCUCUCAGAGGCCCUGUCAUUUGCGUCACUAGUUGAUGGAUACUACAGGCUGGUUGCCGAUGCACAUCAUUACUUGUGUAAAGAGGUGGCUCCGCCAAGGCUUCUGGAGUGCAUUCAGAGCUACUGCCAUGGCCCUGUGUCGAUGGAGUUUACGAUUGGUAAGCUGCGUCGUGCUGGUAACCACCAAGGCCUGUACAUCCUUCGCUGCAGCCCGAGGGAGUACGACAAAUACUUUCUGUCCUUUCUGGUGGGGUAUGACAGUUUGGUGGACUGUAAGCACUGUCAGAUCGUGAAGACAGAGUCAGGAGAGUACAUUCUGAGUGGUGCUAAGAGAAGCUUCAGCUCACUGAGUGAACUUCUGCACUGCUACAAAAAGGAGGCGCUCCGCACGGAUGGUUACACAUUUCAGCUGACCAGAUGCUGCCCACCCAGCGACAGAGAUAAAUCCAACCUGCUGGUGUGCAGAUAUAAUCAGGGGGCAGAGGUUUGUCUGUCUCCCUCGCUUCACAAACAAAACAUCAGCCAGAUGGUCUUCCACAAAAUCCGAAAAGAGGAUCUUGUCAUCAAUGAGAGUCUGGGCCAAGGAACUUUCACUAAGAUCUUCUGUGGUGUGAGGAAGGAGCUGGGAGACUACGGAGAGAUCCACCAGAUAGAUGUGGUUAUCAAGAUCCUGGACAAGGCUCACUCCAACUACUCAGAGUCAUUCUUUGAAGCAGCCAGUAUGAUGAGCCAGCUCUCCCAUAAGCACUUAUUGCUCAACUACGGUGUGUGCGUUUGUGGUGAUGAGAACAUGAUGGUCCAAGAGUGUGGUAAAUUUGGUUCUCUGGACACCUACCUGAAAAAGAAUAAAAGCUGUGUAAACAUCACCUGGAAGCUUGAAGUGGCCAAGCAGCUAGCCUGGGCUAUGCACUACCUGGAGGACAAGAGUCUCAUUCAUGGAAAUGUCUGUGCCAAGAAUGUCCUUUUGAUCAGAGAGGAAGAUCGGAGGCCCUUCAUCAAACUCAGUGACCCUGGUAUCAGCAUCACUGUGCUGCCCAGAGAAGUUCUGUUGGAGCGUAUCCCCUGGGUGCCCCCUGAGUGCAUAGAAAAUCCCCAAAACCUGAGUUUAGCCACAGACAAGUGGGGCUUUGGGACCACCCUUUGGGAAAUCUGCAGUGGCGGAGACAGACCACUCAGCACUCUGGAUUGCUCCAAGAAAAACUUGUUCUAUGAGGACAGGCACCAGCUGCCGGCUCCCAAAUGGACGGAGCUGGCCAAUCUGAUUAACAGCUGUAUGGACUAUGAGCCCUCACACAGACCGUCCUUCAGAGCAAUUAUCAGAGAUCUCAACAGCCUCUUCACACCAGAUUAUGAGCUGCUGGUGGAGAGCGACAUGGUACCCAACAGGACAAGAGGCUUUGGCCUCCCAUGGGCCUCUGAGAGUCAGGAGCCCGCCCAGUUUGAGGAGAGGCACCUCAUCUUUCUCAAACAGCUGGGCAAAGGAAACUUUGGCAGCGUGGAGAUGUGCAGGUAUGACCCCCUGCAGGACAGCACAGGGGAGGUGGUAGCGGUGAAGAAACUGCAGCACAGCACAGCCGAACACCUCAGGGACUUUGAACGGGAAAUUGACAUCCUCAAAUCUCUCCAGCAUGAAAACAUUGUAAAAUACAAAGGAGUCUGUUAUAGUGCAGGACGAAGAAACCUGCGGCUGAUCAUGGAAUAUCUCCCCUACGGCAGUUUGAGAGAUUAUCUCAUCAAACAUAAGGACCACUUUGAUUCUAAGAAACUGCAACUCUAUGCAUCACAGAUUUGCAAGGGUAUGGACUACCUCGCCACAAGGCGUUACAUCCACAGAGACCUGGCCACCAGAAACAUUCUGGUGGAGAGCGAGAUGAGGGUGAAGAUCGGUGAUUUCGGCCUGACCAAAGUGCUGCCACAGGAUAAAGAGUACUACACCGUCAGAGAGCCCGGGGAAAGCCCGAUCUUUUGGUAUGCUCCAGAGUCACUGACAGAGAGCAAGUUCUCUGUGGCAUCAGAUGUUUGGAGUUUUGGUGUUGUCCUCUAUGAACUCUUUACUUACAGUGACAAGAACUGCAGCCCACCAGUGGUGUUUAUGGAGAAGAUGGGAAAUGAAAAGCAGGGUCAGAUGAUUGUCUACCAUCUGAUAGGCCUGCUGAAAAAUGGCUACAGGUUACCUGCUCCUGAUGGCUGUAACACUCAGAUUCACAAGAUUAUGACAGAGUGCUGGAACAGUGAUCCAAACCAGCGACCUACUUUCAAGACAUUAAUUCAUAGCGUGGAGGCCGUACGGCACAGCGAUGACAGAUGACCAACAUUGAUCCUUCAACCUUUGACCUCUAGGCCUUUCUAAGCACCUGGGAGUUCGUCCCCACGGGUCUUAACAGAACAGUCAAUGUCUCUGUGAUGUCUGGGUUUACUGCAGAGAAGCAGCAGGCCAAAGUAUAAUUUAUCUCCUUUUAGGCUGCCUGUUUGUCCACUUAAUUAACAUUUCCUUAAAUUAAGAUAGUGUGAUGAUAAUAUCCGCUAACUUAGCAGUUCAUAUCUGUCUGUGGUCACAUGAAAUACACCAAUUACUGUAUUACACUGAUUGCUACACUACAUCUGACUCAUAGACCAAACAAAAUGUCAGUUCCAGUGCCUUUAAGAACAUUUCAUUAUGGGAUAAAUUCUUUUCUUUGAGUUAUAUGUACUUGCUUAGGUCACUUGUGUUGAAGGUGUAACCCUUAAAAUUAAUCAUUACCAAAAAUAUAUACAUCAAAAUAAGCAGCAUUUAGUUCAUUCCUGUGCUUUUGUAUUUUUAUUGAUGCAAAAUAAGCAGAAAGUUACUGUGUUAAACCAAAGAGGCCCGGGCAUUUCUAACAGACUUUGAGUCAUCUGAGUGCUCCUGAAUAUCAAAGCUGCAUAAACUUAACUUUGCAGCACUGAUCAUUCGUGGCUGUACUGACCUGAAGUGAGCAGGUACCCUCCUGCUGAUGCCCAGGCAGGCACACGUUUGAUACUUCAAGACUAAUAAAGGACAGUCUAUAAGGCACCAGCUGUAUGUCUGGCACCAGGGGACUUGCUGUGAAGAUCUCUACAUGUGGCUGCAGAUUUCUGCUGCUACUAAUUGUUUCUGUGCUUUUCUAUAGUGGUAGUUUGCUAUGAACACAUCAUAUUUCUACAGACUUAACACAAUUCACCUGUGAUCUGUUUACAUCAUGUCAUGCAUCGUGGAAACAACAACAUAUGUCAGUAAUAACUACUCAUUAAGCUAUCUCAGUAACAAGUGGGUGAACAGUAGUGUUAUAUCAUGGACUCACGCAGUACUAAACCAGCACAGGAAAAGAUAUUACCUUAGCAAUGAAUUAUUCAAGGGUAAAGAUAUGUUAAAAAGGCUGUACUUUUCAUUUCUGCAGUGGUAGCUUGUUGUUUGAAUUUCGGUCAUGUCAUUAUUUUUCCAUGUCAGAUAUUUGUUUUGUUUGUGAAACUGUGUUUUUUUUUUGUGUAAACAGGGCAUCCAUGCAAAAGAGAGUGAAAUAGUUCUCACUGGACUAACCUGUAUAAUAAAGGUUGAAUAAAUGGGUAGGCAUUACAUUGUCGAACUUUAAAUUUGUCAGUAGUUACAAGAGGGUUUUUUUUGUUUGUUUGUUUGAAAUUUUACAUGUCAAAUGUUAAAGACCAAAUGAGAUGCAAAAUGUCAAAGGGCUGGUGCCCUCUCACGCCACUAAGGAUGAGUCAGUGUAGAGAGUUUUCUCACCUACAGACAGCUCCCACAGCUGUAAGCUCUCACCCCCGAACAUCUGGGCCCUGAUGAUCUGACUGUCCUUAAUUAUUCUUUCAUGUCAAGUCUGUUGUAAAUGAGACUUUUUGUUUGAAACAUAUCAUUUUUUUUAUGUUCAACAGAUGAAAGGGGUGGUUCUUUGUAUUUAUUUCAGUGUUUGUUUGUCUCAGCAUGAACACAUUGAACCUGUUUUAGAUACCCUUUGAUGCUUGUAUGGGUGGAUAAAUGUAAAUACUGAGAUGUGGUUGUUUAGUUCAAGAUGUAUUUAAGGCAUCUAUAAACAUUUAUUAAAUAAAACAUACUUUUAUACUAUGGGCAUGAAUAGUUGUACUUUUUUUAAAAUUUAAAUAUGGCUUGCUUUUUACAAAAAACUUUAUCAUACUGCACCCACAGUCUGCCAUAUGUUGUUCUAGUCCACAUGAUUUUAUAACAGCAUGUUUCUUCAGUGAGUCAAAUGUAUGUUUCUGCUGCAUCAAAAGGGUUAAAAGAGAAAAUCUUUUUCAUUAUUGUCCCCAGGGUGUUGAUUGGUC